UUUAUUAUUUUUAUCAAUGCAGAUAAUUUUAACUCAUGAACAUGCUGAUGCAGUUCUUGGCCUGGAUGAUAUACGUGCAGUACAACCUUAUAGUUCUACGAAUGAUAUUGAUCCCACUCCAGUUUACCUCACUCAGUUUUCCAUGGACAGCAUUGCAGUAAAAUUCCCCUACUUGGUCCAGAAAAAACUUAAAGAAGGCCAAGAAAUUAGGCGGGUUGCGCAGCUUGACUGGAAAGUAAUUGACGGUGACUGUGACAAGCCAUUUGUUGCCUCAGGCCUACAGUUUGUUCCUUUGCCAGUAAUGCAUGGAGAGGAUUAUGUUUCAUUGGGUUUUCUUUUUGGUGAAAAAUAUAGAGUUGCAUACAUAUCUGAUGUUUCACGUUUUCCUCCAAGUACUGAAGAUGUUAUUUCAAACUCUGGAGCUGGACAGCUGGAUCUUCUUAUCCUGGAUACUCUAUACAAGAAAGGAUCACACAAUGUUCACUUUUGCUUGCCUCAGACUCUUGAUGCUGUAAAGAGGAUAUGCCCAAAGCGGGCUCUAUUCAUUGGAAUGACCCAUGAAUUUGAUCACCAAAAAGACAAUGAAGCCCUUACAGAGUGGUCUAGAAGAGAAGGAAUCCCUGUUGAACUUGCUCGAGAUGGCCUGAGGAUCCCGAUAGAACUGUAAUGAAGAAGGUGUGGAAACUGGUAUGGAAAUGGAAGAUUCCUAAAUUUAAGAUGUUUCUUUGGAAAGUGUUGGUAGAUGAUACACCAACAAAGAAGAAGCUAGCUGGUUUUGUCUCUUAAGACCAGUCAUGGGAAUUUUGUGAGUGACGAAUCUGAUUGGGAUAUCUUUUUCUUAUGUGAAUUUUCAAAACAUGUUUGGUUUCUGGGCCAAUGAGAUUGAUGAGGACUGAAGCUCUACAGGCUCAUUCCAUUCUCCAUUUAUUUUAUUCUUUUGUUGUCAAUUCUGAUCUUAGUAGAAUAGAGUUAAACCGCAUAUUUGUAGUGGCUUCAAUUACAUUUUAUUUCCUGUGGUUUGCUUGCAAUCAAGCUUGUGCUUGACAAUCUCUCAUAUAAAUAGAUGGAUAUCUGAAUUAGGGAUUCUGAAUCAGCAUUCUUUUGAACAACAAUUUGUAAUGCUUUGCCACC